AUGGACGACGACGAGGCGCCUCCGCACCUGUCCAAGACCGGGGCCGACUUUUCCCUGCCGGCCGACUUCGAGGCCAGGGCUGUGGCCCAGUUCGACAAGCUCAUUGAGCAGGGCGAGCUCUUCUAUGCUCAGUCCAAGGGUGAGGUCAUCGACCAUGCCGGCUUCAAGUUCGAGUUCCGCGCCUCGCCGUCCAUCGUCAAGAAGCCAAUCCUGGCGCGCGACGCCCCCGAGCGCCGCGGCCAGGGCGGCCCCUUCCUGAACCCGGACCCGGCCUUUGUCGUGGCCGAGCUCGGCGACAGCUACGUCGUCGAGCUGAGCAAGUACGCCAUGUACCGGCCGCACUACGUCCUGCACACGCGCCACUUUGCGCCGCAGACGGACGACCUUGACAUGGUCGACUUUGCCGCCGCCGUGGCUGUCAUGUACAGCGAGAGCGCUGGUACCAGUGGUAACGUCAUCACCAACGGUAGCCACCGCCAUCAUCAUGCCAACGGCACCAAUGGCAAUCACAGCACCAACGGCACCAACGGCACCAACGGCGAGACUAUGGGCCCGCCGCCUCCGCCCCCAGCAGCCAAGACCCAGAGACUCAUGCUCUACAACUGCGGCUACGACGCUGGCGCCUCCCAGGGCCACAAGCACACCCAGGUCUUUGAGAUCCCCAAGCCUUUCCCGCUGUUCCCCUCAAGGGCCGACUCCACAGAGCGUAAGCCCUUUCCCCCUUUCCUCUCUCUCCCUCCCCCCUCGGGCCUCCCACGCGCGCGCACUGACGGAAACACCCAUAUAGGCAUAUCCUCCUGCCUCCCCGGCGUGCCCUUCCGGCACUACGCCCUGCGGCUGCCGCCCCGCCCGGGCGCCGAGCAGAUGCUCGACGCCUACCGCCGCCUGCUCCAGGAGGUGCGCCUGCUGCAGGAGCUGCACGGCCUCAAGGCGGCGUACAACGUCGUCGCGACGGCCGAGUGGAUGUGCCUGAUCCCGCGGCGGCGCGGCGGGCUCGACGGCACGGGCGCCAACGCCCUCGGCAUGCUGGGCGUCGUCUGGGUGCGCGACGGCGACGAGCGCCGCCACUGGGACCAGCUCGGGCUCUCCAAGCACCUCACGUACCUCGGCGUGCCCAAGGACGAGCGCAAGUUCUCGACGGACCACCGGGACUAG